AUGGGAGAGACUUGGCUGGGCUCCUGAUCUCCACCCCCUGCAGCCCCACCUCCCCAGUUCCACUUAACUGCUGGCCAGGCCAGCAGUAGGGCCACCAUUCCCAUCCCCAUCCCUCUCCACAUCAUGCUGCGGUUGCUGCUGCUAUGCGGGGCCCUGGGCUGUGGGGCAGACCCUGCAGCCCCGCUCGCCUUCACCAUGCUGCAACGGACCCGCGUCUCCCAAGGCAACUCUCUCUUCUGGGGGAAUGCCAGCCUGGAUGGGCAGCUCAGCCAUCUCUUGGAGGGGCUUAAUGUCACCCAGGUGCUGCCACUGGAGCCCCCAGAUGCCUGGGCCAGGCGACGGAGGGAGGUGACCUCCUACCUGAUGUACUUCAGCCAGCUGGUGAAGCUCUUCAGCAAGGAGAGGCCUAUCAACUACACCCAGAGCCUGCGCUGCCACCUGGGCUGCCACCUCUUCCCCAAUGGCACCACCCACAGCUUCUACGAGGUGAGCCUCAACGGGACAGCCUUCCUCAGCUUCCAUGUGCUCAACGCCACCUGGCAGCGGCGCUGGCCCGGCCCGCACCCCGUGGCUGACUACGCCCAGAAGGAGCUGAUGAAGUACCCUAUGACCACCCAAGACCUCCAGCACUUCCUCAACACCACCUGCGUCGGCAUCCUGCAAGCUCAAAGUGCCAGGACGGGAAAGCAGAGCACUCGGUCGCACGCCCCGCUGGUGCUGGGCCUGAUCCUGGGGACCCUGGCCUUGCUGGGCAUGGCUGUGGGCAUCUUCUUGUGCACAGGAGGGAGCUGCUAGCAGAGCCGAUGCCCCACGUCCCCUCGUGGAGACGGGGGAUGGACCCCGACCAUCACAUCCUCAUCACCCUGCGGAUUCAGGGCUGAAGCCUGUGCCCCACAAGGGAUGUUUCUCCCCAGCACUGCUGGCUUCCCUCCCAAAGGACACUGCAGGCUUCCCUCCUAAAGGACACUGCUGGCUUCCCCACCCGGUCUCAGCUGGGCUGACUCCCCAGCAUCAGCACCCUGCCCUGGAGGUGGUCCCCACACUGGGCUGGAGUGAGGCACUGAGACUUAACACAGAAAUAUGCAUAUGGAAAAAGUGGGGAAGACGCUGUGGCGGGAGGGAAGGAAGUGGCAGGAGAAAGAGGCAAGAAAGGGUUGAAAGGAUGGCACUGAAACUCUCAUUUAUCCCUGCUGAAGUGGGGCUAAACGCCAGGAAAGAG